CGGCUCGGAGCAGCCCCGUGUGCCGCCGCGCCGGGCCGCCGCCAGGAGCGCAGCAGCGACACGGGGCGCCCACGCCGGCCGCCGCCAGCGGCCAGGGCCAUGGGCACGCCGGCCUCGGUGGUGUGCGACCCUCCGGGGCGGGCGCCGGCAGCGGCCCGCGGCCGCAAGCGGGCAUCGGCCAACAUCUUCCAGGGCGUGGGGCUGCCGGAGCUGCGGAGCCUGUUCCGGAGCGGCGGCGCCGAGCGGCCCGAGGAGCGCGCCCGCCUCGUCUGCCGCUACGCGGGCCAGCGGCGCAUGGCGCGGGCCCUGCGGCGGCUCCGGCGGCGGCGGCCGGCCGAGCCCGGCGGCGGGAUGGCGGCGCUGCGGCGCUUGGGCCGCCUGUGCAUCAGCGAGCAGGAGACAGCGAGCAGCCGCGGGGAGCCCGCUGAGCGGCCGGGAGCCGGGCUUGCCUCCCCCCUGCUGGGGCUGCUGGACAGCGGGGCCAGGAGAGCAGAGUCUGCCCCGUAUGGGCCCCCGGCAGACACCGAGCGUAUUGGAUGGGGGCACGAUGGUUAAUAAAAGUGGAUGGUGGUGGCUGUGUGAA